GCUGCGCUUCCCGUUCGUUUAAAGGCCGCACAUGAAGCUCUGCAACUUUUACUGUCGAUACGUGCUCCGUGCGUGGGUCUGCGUGUCUGCAUGUGUGUGUAUGGAUGGAUAUACUGUAGAAGCUAUAUACAGAAGCGAACUGCGACAUGCGCGUGUGCGUACACGAGCGUUUAAUAUGUGAUAUGUAUUAGUGUAUAUCAUUGCAAUGUGCGUGAGUCCUUCACUGAUAUUGUUUUGGCACAGGUGACGUAGACCGUGACGCGCCUUAACGAUGAGAUAACCAGAUCUGCUCCGUGUGAAUAAAUAACACGCCUGUGUGCGUAUGUGCGCGCGCACGCGCGAGCGUGUGUAUGUGUUUUCAUUGACGGACUCUAAGGGGAGUUUCUGAGCUGCGCACAUUAGAUUUUUCUAGAAUAAAAGCAACCGGGGCUGAAUGAAUCAGGAGUCUGGAGUGAAGCACUCAGUUUCCACUGUUAGCAGUUUGUUUGUGCCGUGUGAGUUGAAAGGUCGUCAGACAGUCCCGUGUCACCGUGUGCUGCACUAGCAGAGUGAAGACAGCAGCAGCAGGAGCAUAAUGCGGAGUGAACAGAGUGGGAUCUCUGUCGUCAGCUGACCUUUGACCCUUCAUGGACUAAAAAUGGCCCUUAGGCUGCGACAGGACAGGAAGCGAAGCAUCUUCAGCUGCAGGAAUUCUGGGAAUUUAAGGGACGUAUUCCAUUGAAGCAGCGCCGCACAGACUGGACGAGCCUGGCGUCUUCUUCAUUUCAGUGGGACUGACAUGGUUCAGUGAAGCUAGGAUAAGGUUCAUGUGAGAGAUGUUUUUAAGGAAAAACUGACACGAAAACAGAAUGUGAGUCAAGGAUGGAGCAGGAUUUUACUCAGUAGGUCCUCGAAUCUCUGUCUCUGCACUGGCCUGGACUAACACCGGUGAUGUUUUCAACCCGCUUCGACAUAUAUCUCUCCUACUAUUAAUUCAGACCUAGCUGUUGUAUCAUUGUUGUGAAUGGAUAGCCGACUCUUCUAAGGUGAGAAGGCGACGCUUCCCCUCACCUUCAAACUGUGACUGACUCCAGGUCAGUGUCUUUGUGCAGCACUCCAAACAUGGCUGCUACAGGAAGGAAGCACUUGGUCAGAGACUUUAAUCACUUCAUCACCUGUUACCUGUGUCGAGGUUACCUGAUCAAACCGACCACGGUCACCGAGUGCCUGCACACCUUCUGUAAGAGCUGCAUUGUGCAGCACUUUGAGGAGAGUAAUGACUGUCCGAAAUGUGGCAUCCAGGUCCAUGAGACCAACCCGCUGGAGAUGCUCAGGUUGGACAACACCCUGGAGGAGAUCAUUUUCAAGCUGGUGCCUGGACUCAGAGAAAAAGAGGAACAGCAAGAGCUUGAAUUCUGGAGGAAGAACCAGCCCAAAGAAAACGGCCAAGCAGAAAACCUGAGGUGUCAGAGGCUCGGGCUGCCUGAUGUUGGAGGCGACGGUGGUGACGGUGGUGGUGGCGGCGAUGACGACUACCACAGGAGUGAUCCUCAGAUCGCCAUCUGUCUAGACUGCCUACGCAACUCAGGGCAGUCUGGGGAGAGCACUGUCACGGAUUUGAUGAAGAGGUUCAUCCGCUGCUCCAGUAGAGUCACUGUGGGAACAAUUAAGAAGUUUCUCAGUCUUAAACUAAAGCUGCCCAGCUCAUAUGAGCUGGAUGUGCUGUGUAAUGGAGAGAUCAUGGGCAGAGAUCACACUCUGGAGUUCAUCUACAUGACCCGGUGGAGGCUACAUGGAGACAACACAUAUCCCAUGGUUCUUGAGUAUCGACCUCGUAUCGACUUUGGCUGAGCUGCGAGAAGACGACCACACACACACACACACACACACACUGAAAACAUUAUGAACACCAACAUUUGCACGUGGAUUUACACAAGUACGCAAAAACGGCCACACUCAUAUGGACACAAUGUACAGAGAAAGAGAAGGAUUUCAAUGUAUUUUUGUACAGCCAACGAUGAAGUGCAUAUGUUGUUAUGGUAAAGAGGUUUUAUGCUACAUAGAAUAAUAUAUGCUAUACUAUAAUAUAUGAUAUUUUUAAAUGUAUGUCCCUGUGCCUCUAAACCUGUUGAGAUCAGAAACAAAGUACGACCAUAUCUCCACUCUGCCUGUCUAAGUCUGUAAAUUAAAUGUUGAUUUUCUACUGUUGAAGGCUGUGUUAAUGUUUGCCUCGUCGUUCACCCACUGUGUGAGUAACACGACUAACAGUUAAAUAAAUACAGUUAUUUAUUGAGUUAGCUGCUUGAAUGUCCAACAAGGACAUAAGGAUAAGGAUAGUCA